AUGUUGUGGUGCCCGAGGACUUUGGGGAUCCACAGACAGCAGGCCCAGCCAGGCCGCAGUACCACUUUGCGACUAGCAGGCGGCGCAGUGAAUAACAGUGCCGUCAUCGGCAGCGCUGUUUCCCAAUGGCAGUGGUAUUACAUGGAGGAGCAUUGGACAGUCACAGUACAGUGGAAUGCCUUUAUCACCACCAGCAGUGACGAUGAGUUGCAGUACCGCCUGCAGCCAGCAGAGAGCGCUGAGGAUUCAACCUUCCUCCCAUCCCGGGUCAACGGCACCACUGUGACGAAGGUGUUCCAGCCAGAGACGCAUCUUGUCACCAGGUGUGACGACCCCUUACAGAGAGAAGGCAAGCUGGAUUCGGAGGAGAAGAGGAGAGAGGAGGAGGGGGGCGGGACCACGUCGACGGUCCUCAGGCACAGAGGACAGCGGGUCCCCUCCGUCUCCGUCUCCCACGACGACGACGGCGGACAUGACGAGCACGGCAGCCCUCCAAUCAGCUCGCGAGGAGAGGAGGAAGACACGCCCCAUCACAACCACAAGAAUGGGGGGGUCCCCGGCAGCAGCAGUAAGGCUGCACUGGACGGAGGGAUGCCGGGAGAGGAGGAGAAGGGAGGGAACGAGAGAGGAGGAGGAGAGGAGGUGGAGGAGGAGAGGAGUACAGAGGAAAGCUUCAUGGCCAGAACUCCCCUGCUGCAAGCGCACCACGCCAUGGAACGCAUGGAGGAGUUCGUACACAAGAUGUGGGAGGGCCGGUGGCGUGUCAUUCCCCACGACGUGCUUCCUGAUUGGCUGAAGGAUAACGACUUCCUGCUCCACGGGCACCGCCCCCCCAUGCCAUCAUUCAGGGCCUGCUUCAAAUCCAUAUUCAGGAUACACACCGAGACGGGAAACAUAUGGACGCAUCUACUAGGUUGUCUAUUCUUCCUGUGUCUAGGUAUCGUCUACAUGUUCCGGCCCAACAUGUCGUUCGUGGCUCCCCUUCAGGAGAAGGUGGCCAUCGGGAUGUUCUUCCUGGGGGCCAUCCUCUGCCUCUCCUUCUCAUGGCUAUUCCACACCGUCUACUGCCACUCGGAAGGAGUCUCACGCGUAUUCUCCAAGUUGGACUACUCUGGGAUAGCGUUCCUCAUCAUGGGUUCCUUUGUGCCGUGGCUAUACUACUCGUUCUACUGUAACCCCCAGCCGUGCUUCAUCUACCUGUCCGUGGUGUGUGUGCUCGGAGUGGCCGCCAUCUUCGUCUCACAGUUGGACUUCUUCGCCACGCCGCAGUACCGCGGAGUCAGAGCAGGUGUGUUUGUGGGUCUGGGUCUGAGUGGCGUGGUCCCCACUCUGCACUUCAUGAUUGUGGAGGGGCUGCUGCAUGCGGUGACUAUGGGCCAGAUGGGCUGGCUGCUCCUCAUGGCCUCCCUCUACAUCACCGGGGCCGCCCUCUACGCCCUGCGCAUCCCCGAGAGGUUCUUCCCUGGCAAGUGCGACAUCUGGUUCCACUCUCAUCAGUUGUUCCAUAUCCUGGUGGUGGCGGGGGCCUUCGUCCACUUCCAUGGCGUCUCCAACCUGCAGGAGUUCAGAUACACCGCCGGGGGCUGCGAAGCCGAGGACGAUGGAACCCUGUGAAGAC